AACGCCCCUGCGAGCCGCGCCGCGCCUGCGCGCACAGGCAAGGUCAAAGGGCGCGAGGUCGGCGCCUGCGCACACAGGCGCGGCGCAGAAAGAUGGCGGACAAAGAGAAGAAGAAGAAGGAGAGUAUCUUGGACUUGUCCAAGUAUAUCGACAAGACGAUCCGGGUGAAGUUCCAGGGCGGCCGCGAAGCCAGUGGGAUCCUGAAAGGCUUUGACCCGCUCCUCAACCUCGUGCUGGACGGCACCAUUGAAUACAUGAGAGACCCCGACGACCAGUACAAGCUCACCGAGGACACGCGCCAGCUGGGCCUGGUGGUAUGCAGGGGCACCUCUGUGGUGCUCAUCUGCCCACAGGACGGCAUGGAGGCCAUCCCCAACCCCUUCAUCCAGCAGCAGGACGCUUAGCACACAGGCUUCCCCACGUGCCACCGCAGGAACGGACUGUCCUUUUUUGUAUAGGUUCUGUUUUUUUCUUAAUAAAAUGGCAAACUUCCAGUGUC